CCCGCCCGCAGCCAUGCGUACUGAGCUUGUUGUCGGUCGCUUGUUAUGACUGGAGAAGGCCUCGGACUAAAUUAAAACGUAUCCCCCGUUCCUGCCCCGGGACAGCCGCGUGCUCAUGGAGGGCAUGGACAUAGACCUGGAUCCGGAGCUCAUGCAAAAAUUCAGCUGCAUGGGCACCACGGAUAAAGAUGUCCUCAUCUCGGAGUUCCAGAGGCUGCUGGGUUUCCAGCUCAACCCGGCUGGCUGCGCCUUCUUCCUGGACAUGACCAACUGGAACCUUCAAGCAGCUAUUGGUGCAUAUUAUGACUUCGAGAGUCCAAACAUCAACACGCCAUCAAUGUCUUUUGUGGAAGAUGUGACGAUUGGAGAAGGGGAGUCAGUUCCUCCUAACACACAGUUCACUAAGACAUGGAGGAUACAAAACACAGGUACAGAGUCGUGGCCGCCAGGUGUGUGCCUGAAGUAUGUUGGUGGGGAUCAGUUUGGUCAUGUGAACAUGGUGAUGGUGCGGUCUCUGGACCCUCAGGAGAUCUCGGAUGUGAGCGUGCAGAUGCGCAGUCCAGCCGUUCCUGGCAUGUAUCAGGGCCAAUGGAGAAUGUGUAUGGCCACCGGACUCUUCUACGGAGAUGUGAUCUGGGUGAUUUUGAGUGUGGAGGAGGGAGGUCUGCUGGGUGUCACACAGCAGCUGUCCUCCUUCGAGACGGAGUUCAACACACAGCCACACCGCAGUCUGGAGGGAGACUUCAACCCCUUCGCCUCACCACAGAAGAACAAGCAGGACACCAAUGAAGAUAAUCUAAAAGACCCCGGGGGCCCCUGGGAGGCCCCUCUGGACUCCAUUCAGCAAGAUCAAAAUGGACUCAAUCACAGCUCUGUAAAUAUUACACCAAAUGGUCUCCAAAACAACUUAUCAGUAGUGACUUACAGCCAGGGCAUUAAUGGACCCUUCCCGUUCGGACAGUCUUAAGGAACGGAAUCCACCUGGUAGCUCAUUGGAGCUGCUGCUUUUGCCCUUUUCUGGGGUUCAGUGAGAGGAGGAAUAGAUUUAUUCUAAAGACUUGGUGACUCUCCCUCCCCUCUGAUGCAUCUCAACAUCACGUUAAAGUGUGGACAAUUCUGUUCGGCUCCAAAUCGAUAUUCAACCAACACUGACACCCGAGUUCCGCAUGUGUGAAUGCUAGAUUUAGAUGAGUGCUAGAAAUCCUAAAGAGAGAUGAAAAUACACAGUAUUGUCACAUAACAGCAGUAAAUUCAGAUGAAUUUGUGUGUGCUCGAAACAGAAGCAGGAUGGGUGAACAGAUAAAUGAAUGAGAGAAUCUCACAGAAACAUGUUUGUCACAUGUCUCCCUAAAAUCAAAAGAAAUGACAUUUUGCGUAAGAAAAUGAAGCCUAUUUAGGACCAUUACGAUUAUUUGCAUUGUAACGUUAUUUUCAUGACAUUUAAACAAAUUUUUUGAAAAUGUUUUUAUUAUUAUUAUUAAAUGCAGCACAACAAAUACUACCAUAAUGUGUAAAUGCUUCACAAAAAAAAUUAUACAUUUUUUUCUUUUUUGCAUUACUGAAAUGGUAAUUAUUAUUAUUGGCACAUUACAGUAAUAGGAAUUGGUGAACCAUUAAGGCUUUUUGCAUUGUACAAUUAUUUUCAUGACAUUCAGGCACAUUUACACCAAAAUUGAAAUUACAGAAUUGUGUCCAGAUGUUUAACACUUCUCAAUGCUGAUUCUCAUUACUGUAAUACAGUAAUGUUUUACUUUAUUACAGUAUAUACAGGGUGGCCUUAAAAAAAAAGAAACAGGGCCAAUAUGUUUGAUUGCUCGUAUCUUAAAAAUGCAUACAUUUUUUGGGACACCCUGUUACACUGAAGUACCAUGUUUAUUUUAUAAAUUAAAAGCAGUACAUCAAAUACUACCAUGAUGUAUAAAUACUUCAUGAUUUAAAUUGAUAAUUUUUUCACAUUACUAAAAAGAAUGCUUAUUAAAAGGGAAAUGCUUAUUUGUCAUGAAAAUAAUGUCACAAUGCAAAACAUGUUAAUGGCCCUAAACAUAGGCUUUAUUUUCUUCAUGCAAAAUAUCAUUCAUUUCUUUUGAUUUUGGGGUGAAAUAUGACUGGGACAUGUUCUUGACAGGUUUCGUGAGAUUCACUCAAAUAUGUGUGCGUGCGAGUGUUUCAACCAUGCGCAAAAGCCAUCAACCAAGAAUUAAAGCCUGUUAAUUAGUUUUAUAAGUUACAUCAAUGUUCUUUUUACAAGCUCAACAGUUUCAAGUAAAUAAAGGUCAACGUGCCUACUUGGAGGUUAAAUUGUGUAAUUGGUAAAUUUCAAAAUCUCAGCCAUCCACUACAAAAGUGUUCUCAAAACCUUUUUUUGGAUCCAACAGCAACAAGUAAUGCAUACUAGAGUACAUUAUGCCUCAUUUUAUUGCAAGAUACAACUCUACUGCCAUCACACAAGUCAAAUGAUGGCUGUUGUCAGAGAUGCCCUUACUAUCUUGUUGCUGGUAUCAUAUUUGUUUACAUUUAUGUUGUUCUGCAGAGUUAUAGAGUGCUGAUGUUGGUUUCCAUUGGUAAUAAUACAUCACAGAUAAUAGCAAGCUGGAGAUGUGGCUUUGGUUCCCUUGUUUACUGGCCUAAGUGUCCAUAAGCACAUCAUUGAUAUAUUUACCCAGUCAUAUUUUUCUGUCAUUCACCUAGACCUAAGAUGGUAUUAAGUUGUUUUAAAUGAAGAAUGAGCUGAGGGUUUUUUAAUGUGGGAGAGAGAGGGAAUGGGUCCAUUAAAGGAAUAUUCCAGGUUAAAUAGAAGUUAUUUCAUUGUGACUAAAUGAAAUUAAAAUGGAAGUCAAAGGGGCAACCACUUGCCCCAUAGAUAUUUCUCAUCACUUUUUUUUUUUUAACAAACAGUCAAAAUUAUUUUGUGGUCACAGAACCUGGCGAAAGAGCUUAACUUGCAUUUAACCCAGAUAUACCUUUAAUUUAAAUUAUCUUUAAUGUUCACUGAAUGUCAAAAUUGUUAAUUUCGAGCUGAAGAGCUCCAACUAAUAUUUUAAUGCGUGAAGAAAAUUUGUGGAAUUUAUUUGGUUUAAAUUGUGCGUCUGUGUUGAUGGUAUGAUGAAAAACUUCUUGGAUGUUUAUAUUUAUAUCUGAAAUGCCAUUUGUCACCCCCUGUCUUACUGCAAAGGUUACACUCUUUAUAAAACAAAUGUAAAAAAUCAGAUCAUAAAAAAAAGUUCCCCAUAAUGUUUUUCUUUUUAUUGGUCCAUUUAAUAAGAUACAAGUUGGGUCAUGCAAUGGAAGUAAAAGUGUUUAAACAAAUUACCCAGAAACCUAUAGCAGAUUAGUGUCAUCAUGUCCUGUUAAUCUAACAACGUCAGCGAUUUUUGUCAAUUUCCCGAUUUUCAGAGUUCUAUACACUUGGAAAGUUUCGCCAUUAAUGACACCAACAUUACGUCCAGAUUUUUAGUAUUGCUGUGGCUUCACUUUUACAUUGCAAAUAAUCUAUGCAGUGUUUUAAGGGACAGUCCCUUCCAUAUUCCAAAAAGUUGCACUCGCAGUUAAAGCAUAAAAGCAGUAAAUGCUCUGAGGCUGGUCGCCAUUUCACAUUGCCGCAAGGACGGACGAAGACUCUUCAUCUAGUGCUCAGCCCAUAGAAGGCUCAUUGGAUGAUGUCAUUGAUUUAGCAAUCAAGUCUUUGAGCUAUUUAUUUUGAAUAUCCUCAUCCCAAGCGCUGCACACUUCAUAGCCUCCUUUCGAUUUAUAAUUACACGCUGGAUUUUUAUUUCUACUUUUUGUGUUGCUUAUGCAUGUGAGAAGUGUGAUUGAUUCAUUGCUGCAUUAUUGUCUUUUUUUUUCUGAUUUUUUUUUUUUUUAUUAUUAUUUUUUUUUUUUAAGAUCUGUUGGGUUUUCUGCACCAUGGCAUGGUGUAUGAUUGAUCUGAGAGUUUGCAUACUAGAGUCUUGUGAUAGCACAGUGAAAAAGAGAGUAUGAAAAGCCUUUUCCUGUAUGUAUAACUGAACAUUUGUAUGAUUAAAUUAACAGGAAAAAAUGA